GACGAGUGAUUGAGGCGAUGAAAGAGUUCCUGGAGAGCAUGUGGCGUGCAAGAUGUAGGCAAUGACAUCUUGCCCCGAGUAGCUGAACACCGAUUUUCUGUAUGUUUUGUUUAUUCUUUAUCAAUCAAUCAAUCAGGAGCUGCCGAUACAAAGGCCUGGCUGGGAGAAAUCUCAAGCCACCUGUGACAUCAAGAUCAAGAUCAUCUCGAAAAAGCAGUACAAACGAAAGGACUCGGGGAGAACAAAGGCAGGAAACAAGAGGAGAUAUUGUGACAGUUCAUAUGGGAAGUUUAAGCGCCAACUCAAGUCAGAAUGUUGAGUAUUCUCGACCUCCCACAAAAUGUUUUGCUUGUUAUCUUACAAUUAUGCAAGGUCAAAGAUCUGAUGGCUCUGAGCACUACCUGCAGUCUUUUAUAUCACCUGAUUAAAGAUCAGCUUCUUUGGAAGAAACUGUGUUUUAGAGAUUUCCAUGUGUAUCCUGAAGCCUGUGAAAAAGCAUCCUAUGAGACUGUGUAUAAAAAUUUUUUACACAGAUAUGGGUAUAUGUUGGGACUUUAUCAGUCUCAAAUUGGACCCUACGGAGGACUUUUGGAGAUAAGAUUUAAAGCCGGUCUCAUCGAAGGAGUGCUCUGGGAGCCAAAUGCUGACCUUAUGGAACCUUUGAAGGAGUCAACAGCUUUCUCAAUUGAUGGGAGCAAAGUGCCUGCCAAGUGUUUGUGUAUUCCCAGUAUAUUCCCUCAUGAAUGCUCACUUAAUAUUGAUAAGAGAAAUGGAACAAUAACGCAGUGCUGUUCAGACUACAAGAAACAUAUCCAGGCUCUUCGUGAUGCAAAUCAUGAAGGUACAGGCUACAGUAUGAAGCUAAUUUUUCUAAAUGAUGUCCUUGGAAGUGGAUUGAUUCAUAGGCCAAUGAUUUUACCUUUGCCAAAUGAUAUACCUAGUGAACUGAAGAGAAUGGAUGGGUCCUUUCCAAGACAGAUCAUUACACCAGGACUCUUUAAAGGAACUUAUUCUUCACAUGGAAUUGAAAUACUUCUGUUCAAAUAUAAGGAUGAACAUGAAAUGCAUGGACUUAAAGUAACUGGUGAUGAUAAUGUUCCUGCCAGUAAGAUAUCUGUAAAAAUACUCCUGGGAUACCCUGCAGAUGCUCCUCUAAAUGACAAAAAUACUAUCUCGGACUUGAGUGCUAUUGAGCCUAGAUCAAGACAAGUUCCUUUAGAUCAGAUACCUGAGCAGGCAUUUUCUGUUCCUGCUGGUUGCCAUGUUGAUCCUGGGAUACAAAUUCCCAGCAGGUGUAUAGCAAGAUAUCAUGGAUAUGGUCAAAUAGCAUAUGAUGGAUUCCAGCAUCCCAGUUAUAUACCAACACAAGUUAUAAUAUUCAAUAAUGACCUGUUAGGAGUUAUUUGGAUGAAACUUUCAGCAUUUAGUGUAUUUACACGGGUUGAUCAGACCUUUACAUCAAACAUUAUCAAAACUGGAGAAAGUUAUCUGUGAUCUAGUAAAUAUUUUAGCAGUACAGUGAACCCUCCAUCAAUGUGUUUUUACUACUAUUGAAAUUCAGGUCAUCGCAUGAUUUAUUUAUCUUUUAUAUAUUUUUACAGGCGAGCAGCCAUGUCAUCAUAAUACGGCAUUUUUUGGCAUAUGACUUACUUUUUUCAAGAAAACAUGCCUCCAAACCACCCUGUAUCCUAUAGCCUGCACUGAAGGUAAAAAAACUAUGCCUUCCUAAGCAUACCAGACCUUGGAGAGCAAGGUCUAGGAACUAGUAAGACUUAUUGUCCUUUAAAAACUGUGCCUCCGUGCUGACACCCUGCCUGGUCAAACUCUUUCGCCUCUGCCUAUCAACAUCUUCCUUUCCUUCCUGCUGGAAGUAUGCCUUCAUACAGCCUGCCAUCCUCAUGCUAUCAUGCAGCUUCAAUGCACUAUUACACACACAGAACCUGAGUGCAUUGGUGGAUUUGAAUCACCAGGGCUGCAUGGUACACAGCAACUGAUUGGUACAAUGUUAUUGACGCUUCCACCAUUCUCUCGCUUAUUCAGUCAAGUGGGCAUCUCUCCUUUGACAAAAGUGAAAGCUGCUCUGUGUUUGAUUGAUGAAAUGGCCUCCAAAUGUUGUGCAAUGCUACACAACAAAGUUGAAGACUUGUAUCAAGAUGGCAGUGUUAGCCAAAUGUCCUGAAUUGUUGUGUGGGGUCAGUGUUUGUAAACAAAGGAGGCAUUGUAGCUAUAUGGUUGUUGGUAGCCAUCAGCUGUCUGGUUUAGAUCACUCCCACACCCAAUGGGAAUUGUGUAGCUAACAAGUGAACUGAACCUGCCCCUGUCUUUGUAUGAUAAUAGCCCAGCAACCUCACAAGUAUCCCCCAAUCAUUGCUGGGCUUUGUUUUAUAAUAAGUAUAAAAGCAUGUUGGUUCAGUGUUUGGUGGGAAAAUAAGUGCAGAGAUAGAUAUAAUAGGCACAAAAUGGAGGUUGAUCGCCCACCAAAUAACCAGUUAGAAUCAUUCCCAUUGAUUCUUCAGUUUAGCUAUCACCUAUUUCCGCUAUCUCGUGAAGUUUUGUAACCAAUUGGGUGAGAUAGCAGGGGAAUGGGUGUACUUCAAAACCCAGGUAAUUAUUACUAAACGAAGGUGUUUGGUAUAGAUUUUAUUUGUAUAUAUUUCCUUGUAUGUAUUUGUAAAGGCUGUGAUGGGUUUAAUGAUGUUUUGUGGCAGGCGAGAGAGGCUAGUGUGAAAACGGUAUAAGCGAUAUGACACAAGCCUCCAUAAGCAAACCACAGAACAAACAUCACACCAGACACCUCAUUAACUCCUUUAAGGUGAGUUUUACAUUAUUCAUAUCAAUUCAAAUAAAAUUAUUAAUUCUACUAAAAAGAAAUGUAACAAUAGGAAUAAAUAAAGAAUAUAAAUAAAAAGUGAAACCCUGGGGUGAUAGCAUCAAAUAAUCAUUUAUGGAUGUAGUUUUUCAGUGUUAUGCAAAUAACCAUUACGCAGCAGCUGGAUUACCUUCUGAAAUGCUUAUAUAUAUAUAUAUAUAUAUAUAUAUAUAUAUAUAUAUAUAUAUAUAUAUAUAUAUAUAUAUAUAUAUAUAUAUAUAUAUAUAUAUAUAUAUAUAUAUAUAUAUAUGGUGUGGAAGGAAAACUGCUUAGUGCAAAAAAGUCUUUAUGAGGAUGCAUCUGCAUGUGUCAAAAUUACUGGAGAAACAAGUGAACAUUUUGAGAUAAAAGUGGGUUUAAGACAAGGGUGCGUCAUGUCACCAUGGUUAUUCAAUAUUUAUAUGGAUAUUAUAGGGUGCAAGAGUAUGUUAGGGAGAGAGGGGAAAGAUCUUUGAGAAACUUUGAGCAGGCAAGGAGGGAGUGUCUGGAUAGAGAAAGUUGGAAGCUCUUCUGCCGUGGCCAUCCCUUGGUGGGAGCUCCUAGGAGCAGGCGUCGAUGAAAUGAAUGAAUGAAUGAAUGAAUGAAAUAUAUAUAUAUAUAUAUAUAUAUAAAUAAAUAUAUAUAUAAAUAUAUA